CCUGGCUGCGCGGAGCAGCGCGGGGCUCGGGCAGGGCCUGGCCGGCGGCCGGGGCCGCGCUGAGCCGGGGCCUGGGGCUGCGGUGGCCGGCGGCGGGAUGGCCUUGGUGCCCUACGAGGAGGGAGGCGGCUGGACAGCGCGGCAGCUGCACAGCCCUUCGGCCACCUUCCACUUCGCCAGCCGCACCAUCCGCCUCCAGCAGGACUGGCGGCGGCUGGGGGUGGCGGCCGUGGUCUGGGACGCGGCUGUUGUUCUGUGUGCUUAUCUGGAGAUGGAAGGCAUUGAUCUCAGGGAUCGGUCUGUGAUUGAGCUGGGAGCUGGAACUGGAUUGCUGGGAAUAGUGGUCACAUUACUAGGCCUGGUGUAGAAGUGGGCACCGAAGCUGCACGUGUGAGCCGUGGUGGUUCUCUGAGUCAUCUUCCUUCCUUGUCGGACUCAGAGCCUGCUGCGGUGUUUGUUGUGGUGACGGUGCCGCUGCAGUUUACUUUAUGGCGGGACCCUGUUGAGGCUGCCGCCUGUUGCCAUGGCAGGCAGCUCUGCAGCACUCAGCUCUGCAGCUAUUCCCCGCAGGGAGCAGGAGCUGUGCUUCCCGACUUCCACUUGUCCUCCGAUGCAGAUAAAGCUACAGACAGAAACCACUCUCCGAGCUCGCAUAAGCCUUUCAUUAGCCUGUCUUGCAGACAGGGCAUAGGGAAAUGAAGUGAUUUGCUGCUGAUCUGUCUGUGGCUGAAGCAGGAACUGGGUACUGUGUUAAAUUUGUGCAAUCUUUCCCAGGUUAACUUUGUAAUUCGAAGCUCUAGUGGCUGUGAAAGGUGCCUGUUGAAAUCAUAGAAACAAAACAAUUUGACAAAAUACAGGCUUUUGUCUGACCUGUGAGAGAGGCUGUCUAGCUGCCUCUCUCUUACAGAAAAAUACGGAAUUGGAGCAGGUUAAUUGUAACACCCCCUGUAAUUUGUUCUUUUGUUGCAUAUGGAAAGGCCAAAAGUAACUCCUUGACUUCCAUGCAUUAAGAAAAAUCACCAGGAAAGAUGUUUUUUUUCCCUACCCAACUUAAUCUUCACGUAGAAUACACUUUAUAUUCUUAAGUGAAUGAUGAAGGGUAGGAUGUCUGUAGACAGGGGGGUUUUUGCUUAUUUUGUUCUUUUAUUUGUUUGUUU